AUGGCGGUGGAAGACGAGUGUAAGCUCAAGUUUUUGGAGCUAAAAGCGAAAAGAAACUAUAGGUUCAUAAUUUUCAGGAUAGAUGGACAACAAGUGGUGGUCGAAAAGCUUGGAAGUCCCGAGGAGAACUACGACGAUUUCUCCAAUUCCUUACCGGCCAACGAAUGUCGCUACGCUGUCUAUGACUUCGACUUCACCACUGCUGAGAAUUGCCAGAAGAGCAAGAUCUUCUUCAUAGCAUGGUAA